GACUGUGGAAUUUGUUAUCAAUAGAUAAAAACCCUCCAGACCGAGUGGAGGUGGCGACGGGGCUAUCGCCGUAUAAUUGCCAAAUCACAUCGCCCCCACCCGAAUCCCGCCACCAGGCGAGCGGAGAGACCCCAAGCAAUUCGCCUGACGCCAUUUCAUUCUUUAUUGACGCGGCCAAUUAAGAAGGCAGCGCCGUUGCCUUGAUUGCCUGGCGAAUGGGUAUGAAUAUGACUCUGGAAUUCCAUGGACUAUAAAUAUAAAAAUCAAGCUGGGCCCCAAAAAGUAGCCAGAUGCGCUCGCCCGUAAGCUAGGAAAACAUUUCUAAUCUCGGCCCAAGUUACACAGAUUUCACGAGUUGCACAAGAAGCUUAUCAUCACACACAAAAAACAAACUGGACUGGACGCAGCACAGCCGGUGGAAUAGCAACAAACAACAUCUACUACAGCAGCAGCGGUCUGGCAACGAAGCGUAUACGUAAUGGCAGGCAAAGUUCCAUUCAUUUAACGCGCUCGUUUCAGUUCUCGGGCAGGUGUCAAGCGACGCACACACACGGCACACGGCACAACGAGGCGCGGUAUCAAAUCCGAAUCCGAAUCCAGAAUUCCAUAUACACACGCUAUAUAUGCUCGGUUGGCUAAUUAACAUACAACGCGUAGCGCCCCCUCGUUGUCUCUUUACCCAUACCUGAGCUGUCCGAAAGUUCAAAUUGUCGUACGCACCACACACAUCACAUUUCUUUGCUCAGAAACUCCAGUGCAAAGUCAGGCGGAAAUAUUGAAAGGAGCAAAUCUGGCAAAUAUAGAAGCGAUCAAGAUGCUGGACCCCAUAUCGGACACGCCGCUGGUCUUGGCCUACGUCUUCAUGUCGCUGCUAGUGCUGAUUGUGUGCUUCAUAAUGGUCAAUGUGGUCCACAAGCUGUAUCGCAGCCUCAACAACGACGGAUCGCCGAUUGUAUCAGUCCCGCUGAAGACCGCCAUAGCGGAGCUGGACGCCAUGAAAACCGGUUAGCCAGCAACCAGAAGCCACCAGUCAGCUGCCAGCUGCCAGCGUGAGGCGCCGAGAAUCGAAUCUCAGUCGACGCUUCGGUUUUUUAAUGCAGGCGAUCGGAGCACCAGCAGGCAAGGCAUGGCAGCUGCGCAAUCCACAAUCACACCCACUCGCACACAUCGCCUGGUGAUACAAACAGCAAAAGCAAUUAGCCGUAGACAGCACGAAACUAGGCUUACACACAACUAGAAAUUAACUUACUACCGCUGGUAUCUAGUCACUUAAUUGUUCAUAUUGCCCUAAGCUUAGGUUACACAUUGAUAUUGUAAAUAAAGGUAUCUUGAGAGCGAUAA